CUAAAACAAUAACAGGUAUUGACCCACUACUUCAUUUACCUGCUACCAAAUAUUCAAGAAAUUAAAAGUUCCAGCUAUUUUUAUCAAAAACACAUCUAACGGAAUGACUAAUUUUAUGAAUUAUAAUUGUAUCUUUGCGCCAUUGAUCUUUGUAUCUAACCUAUAAUUGAGGGUCUUGGGUUGCCUAUGAAUUUUGUUAUUCAGCCAGCUCAUAUGAGCCUUUGUGAGUUUUGUCGAGCGUAAAAGGAAAAACGUGCCGAAUGAGCGAUAAUUUAACCGUGUGAGAUACUACUUUUAAUGGAAACUGAAGAAUCUCCUACAGAUGGUCAAAAAGAUGUUGAUAUACAAUUAGCUUCCUCCCCAGAGGAAGUUAAUUCAAUUAUCGCUAGGAGCAAUGAAAAAGAGGAAGCUGCUAAACAGGGGCCUGCAAGUAGGCCUAGCGCUAGAGCUAGCAAAAAGAUUAAACUUGAUUUGGAGCAGGGUUCGCCGCCGGUUCUGAAUGAAAAACUUGUUGGAGAUCAUUUCCCUACAACCGAAUCACAUAGCGUUGAUCGCGAGCAACUGCUUGGUUCAGUACUAUCUGAAAAUGAAGUGAAUGGUCCUCAGAUAAGAUCUAGUGCCAGAGUAUUUAAGAAAAUGAAGCUGGAAGCUACUGCACCUGUUACUCCAACCACAUCAAUGGUUGAUAAAAAGGAGAAAAAAGAUGAACCCAAAUCGGAAGUUAAAAAAGUGCUUAGUAAAUCAUUAUGGAGUCACGAUGAGAAAAUAAUUUUUUUUGAGGCAGUAAAUGAAUAUGGAAGAGAUUUUGAGAAUAUUCACCUAUACAUUAAUAACAAAUUGAAGAAACGUGGCGCUAGUGAGGAUCAAAUGAAAGCCAAAGAUCAAGUUCGCCAGUUUUAUUGCAGAAUGUUUCAUGAGGUGUCCAGACAUGUAAAAUUUUCCAAUAAAGUAAAAAAAGUGGUGCAAGAAUUAUAUGGAAUUAUAAAUUAUGGUGAACUCUAUAAGAAAUUGGGACGAGUGAGUGAAAAAUCUUGCAUGAAAUUGAGUGAAUUAAUUUAUCGGGGGUCGACAGUGCUUCGAUCAAAAGGGAGGAAUGUUAGAGUGAAAACCCCCAUGUGUCGCGCUUUAAGAAAACUGAAUCAACUGGACGAGAAAUAUGAAGACCUACAACUUCCAAAUAGGGUGCUUGUUGAGAUAAGACCCAAGGACAUGAUAUCAUUUUUAAGAGUACAAAGUAUGGCUCAGAAUCCGCGUGUUAGGACAAUUCUACCUCUGCAAAAAAGACUUAAUUCUUUGUUGAUGUGUUUGGAUAAGAGGUGGAAAACAGUAGACGCUAUCACAUUUGAAAAGUCUGUUGUUUCGUCAAAUUCCAUUACAAAUCCUUGCAUUCCACCAGCCAAAGAAUCUGAGAAAAAUAAACGAAUUUUUAGUCCUCCUCUGAGACUAUCCCCGCCAGCAGAUGCUAAAAUAGAACUCCCUUCAAUUAAUCUUAGUGAUUAUCUGACAAGGCAAACCAUAUGCUUGACAGCAUAUGAAAGCCGAAUCGGUCUGGAUACCAUUAGCGAUCCGAAAGUAAUGUCAAAAAAAAAGAAUCUAAAGCAGAAGACGGAAGUUGACCAAAGGUGCGAUGCAGUUCCUAUUGAUAAAGCCCUUGUAAAAGUCGAAGAAAAUGAGGCAAACAGUUGCACCGAAGCGGAGCCGGACGUUUUGGCUGACGUGGUAGACGACGCGGUCAACACAAUCUUAUCUCUUCAGCAGAAACUCGAAAGGCCGGAUUCCGAGCAAAGCGAAUCCGAAGAUAUAAAGGUAAAAGUUGUAGAAGCAAAAGAGUCGCCAGAGGUAAAAGAGGUACCCUUAAGCGCCGAAGAUAUAGAGCGAAUAGCGAAAAUUAGAAAGGGAUGGGUGGAGAACGAUGAGAACAUAUUGACAAUUGGCGAAAUAUAUCUUAUGUGUGGAGCCGACUUCAAACUUAUUUUGGAGUACAGCUGGGAUCAGAAGGAGAUAAAAACGGAAACUGACAUAUGCAGAACUCAUAUUACAGAUAUGGAGAAUGCCAAGCCGGGUGAUGGUUGCGACCAGAAACGCAAAAAUUUAAAUCAUGCAUUGUCAAAGCUUUUAUCACUGGCUAAGCUUCACUAUAAGCGCGACAUAAUUAAGUGUUCUUGUGGUCACAUUUGCCCCAAUAAGAACGCUCUGUUCAAAAAUGUUUCUGAAGAGACUAUUACGAAAACUAAGAAAGUGAAGACUCAAAAUACCUUUGAAGAUGACACUCCCGCAGAUGAUGCUCAAUCUAUGUACAUUCAGCCCAAAAUUCCGCAGGCCGUGGGGCCCGUAAUGCAGCUGCAGCUGAACUCGAUCCAGAAGCUGAAGCCAAAAUACUGCAACCGUAGAGUGCGUAAACCGCUUUUGCGCACUAAACACGUGGUAGUGGAACGCAAGCUCCCUCUGUUGCCCAAUCACGUAGAGAGUGGUCACCAAAUUGUUCGAAUGAACAUAAUAUCUCAAGAACCGCUCGUACAAUGUCCAGAAGACUCCAAAGAAGAUGCCGAGAUCUCCUCAAUCCCUCCGAGUCCAUCAGCCAUCCUUAAAGAGAACGAGGGCGAGUGGAUCAAUUCGGAAGUCACUGACUAUUCUCUGAGCAGCUUAUUGGGCCACCUGGAGAGUCCCGUUAAGACAGGAGCUUCAACUAGUACCAAUAUGGGGACAGAUCUCUCGUCGGAGGUGGACGCCCAUCUUCAAUCCUUGUUGACGCAAAGCAGUCUCGAUUUUGCAGCAAACUUUGCCGAUCUGGCAGCGAGGGUUAAUAGCGAAGCGCAAAAUUUGUAUAUCGAACACAAACGCGAAUGUUAGUUUCAGUAUUAGCAGUAAUAAUCUUAGCAGUUUAGCCCAUUUUACAUUUUGUUACUUUUUUUUCAAUAGAUUUUAUUUAUGAUAAUGCCUUAUUUGAUUAAUCUGUUUGCGUUCUUCUCCUUCACACCCCCAUAUCUACUUUUUUUAUAGGCUACUCUCGUAUCUAGGGUGUUGAAGCAUGAAGUAGCAUGGAACAUAUACGACUCAACUCGAUGGCGUAUUGGAAGUAUAUCGGAAAGAAAAAGAUUUAAAAAUU